GGUAUACCCAGUAAAGCUCAGGCUGUCAUAUUUGAAGUAUCAUUGCCUUCAGCCUCUUCACCAUGUUGACUAGUCUGGUGCUUGGGGGACUUCUGGGUCUAGCGACCGCUCAAUUCCCUCCCGAGCCCGAAGGCAUCACCGUGCUCAAGUCGAAAUUGCAUGAGAAUGUGACCAUUUCCUUCAAAGAGCCUGGAAUUUGUGAAACCACGCCGGGUGUCCGAUCUUAUUCGGGCUAUGUACACCUUCCCCCCGGUUUCCUUUCCGACGGAACAGGUGAAGUUCAGGAUUAUCCCAUCAACACCUUCUUCUGGUUUUUCGAAGCCCGCAAAGAUCCUAGCAAUGCGCCUCUGGCCAUUUGGCUCAAUGGAGGUCCGGGUGGUUCAUCGCUUAUGGGGCUCCUUGAAGAAUUAGGCCCCUGUUCCAUUGCAUCGGACUCCAAGACCACAGUCCUCAAUCCUUGGAGCUGGAACAAUGAAGUCAAUCUCCUAUUCCUUGAUCAGCCAACCCAAGUCGGCUUCUCAUACGAUGUCCCAACCAAUGGCACUUUGGUUCGGACUGCCGACGGCGAAGAAGAAAUCCAUUCCGGUGAUUUCUCCAUUGAUAUUCCUCAGUCCAACUUCACCCACCAUGUUGGUACCUUUGCAAGCCAGAAGCUUGCACAGACAGCUAAUGGGACUGCAUUUGCGGCUCAUGCUCUAUGGCAUUUCGCGCAAACCUGGUUCUUCGAAUUCCCACACUACAAGCCAAAUGAUGAUCGCGUCAGUCUCUGGGCUGAAAGUUACGGAGGCCACUAUGGUCCAGGUAUUUUUCGGUUCUUUCAACAGCAGAAUGACAAAAUUGCAGAGGGGACUGCAGAAGACGGUGCACAGUACUUGCACCUCGACACACUUGGCAUCGUGAAUGGCUUGAUGGAUAUGGUGAUCCAAGAAGAGGCUUACAUUACUUGGCCGUACAAUAAUACCUACGGCCUCGAGAUCUUCGAUAAACCCCUCUACGAAGAACUAAUGUAUAAUUGGACGCAUCCCGGAGGCUACCGCGAUCAGGCCCUCGCCUGUGAAGCGGCUCUGAAAGAACGUGAUUCCGGCUUGCCUCACCCAAGGAAGAAUGUCUCUGAAAUUUGCGGAGGUCUUGCACUCGAAUGGGGAGAUGGUCCCGUCACCUACUACCACACCUUCAAUCGUGGGUGGUACGACAUUGCCCAUCCUAAAAACGACCCAUUCCCUGCCAAGCACAUGCUCGGGUAUUUGACGCAGGAGUCCGUUCUGGCCGCUCUUGGGGUACCCGUCAACUUCACAUCGUCUUCGAGUGCCGUGGCUACACAGUUCAUAAAUACUUUUGACAUCGUCCAUGGCGGCUUCCUGGAUGCAAUUGGUUACCUCCUCGACAGCGGGGUGAAAGUGCACAUGAUGUACGGAGAUCGUGAUUACGCCUGCAAUUGGGUCGGGGGCGAAACAGCCAGCCUUGCAGUCCCUUACUCGCGAAUUACUGAAUUUGCCGACACGGGAUACUCCCCACUUCUUACGCCCGACGGGGUUAGCGGCAUGACCCGCCAGCUGGGCAAUUACAGCUUCACUCGCGUCUUUCAAGCCGGGCACGAGGUCCCCUCCUACCAGCCUGUCGCAGCGUAUGAGAUCUUCAUGCGGGCGACUUUCAACAAGGAUAUCCCGACUGGCCUCUUAGCUGUUGGCGAUAAUUUCCAGACGAUUGGACCCAAGGAUACGUGGCAUAUUAAAAAUAUUCCUCCUGUUAUGCCAAAGCCGCAGUGCUAUGUCCUGAGUCCCGAGACGUGUCCUCCGGAGGUUUGGGAGACCGUUGUGAACGGAUCUGCGACCGUAAAGGAUUGGUAUGUUGUCGAUGGUAGCGCGGGUGUUGAGGACCAGGAGGGUUUUAGCAUUCUGGGAGGAGAUGAGCUGUAGUGGCUUAGAGGUCUACUGCACAACCUCGGUAGCACUUAGAUAUAUCGAUAUAGUCUGCUUUCUCAUCUACGAG